CCACGGGUGCACACAUGGUGUGCCCCACAUCUUCAGAGCACAUGCCUGAUCCAGAGCUUGCAAAAAAUGACAAAGGGAGGAGUCUGGGAUGUGAGUAAAUGAGGAGAAGGGGGAGUAUGCAUAUUUUCACUCCAGGGUGGGUUGAUCCAUAACAAUUAUUUAGUGCUUUGACACAUCAUCCUUUUCAUGGAGGUGAGGAAAGACAGAAUUCUUCUCUCCCCUAGGAUAAAAAAGCAGUAUCAGUAGAAACAAAAAAGAUAAACUUCCAGUCAACCGCACAGGAUGAUUUGUGUCUUCUUAGAUUCUAUGACUGCCUAAGUAGUAUAGUCUUAAGCCUAGUCAGACUGCAUGGGUUCCAACUUUGCCACUUACUAACUGUGUAUCCUUUGGCCAAGUACUUACAUUCUCUGUGACUGUUUCCUCAUCUGUAAAAUUGGGAUAAAUAACAAUAUACCUACCUCUUGGGUGGUUAAUGUAUGUAAAGUGCUUAGAACGGUACCUGGCACAUGGUAAACACUCAAUCUUAGUUUUUACUCUUCAGGCCAUUUUACAGGUUCCAGUGGGUAAUCCCAACCUCAAUUGCUUCAUCUCCAACUACACAGAUAUUCACAUAUUUAUAAUUUCCUGUCCUUCAUAAAUUAGUAUCUAGAAGAUAUGCAGAAGAGACACUUGGCCAGGCCAGAGAGGUUUCAGUCUUGAAACAAAGUAAUUAGGUUCAAACUACCUACCACCUCCAACCUCCCACUCCCUUGCUCCCAGCCCCAGCCCCUUCCCACCUGCAGCCCCCAUCCUUGUUCUCUCCUUCAUUUCUUCAACCACCCUCUUCUCUUUCCCAUCCUAAAUCAAGGGCAGGACAGUGGGAUUAGGGAGAAGGGGAACCAGCUGGCAAGCAUCUUGGUUGUGUGUUGUAGUCAAAAGGGUACCAAUAUUAUAAUCAGAAGAUCUGGAUCCAUGUCUUUGACCUCUUACUACCCUCUUUGAGCUUCAGUUUCCUUUUAUGCAGAAUAGAGAUAAAUAAUCCUACCCCUCAGGCCUGUCAUGAGGAUAAAAUAAGUGAAAGUGUGUUGUAAACUAUUAAAUUUAUAGACAUGUUAAUUAUUAUGAAAAUAAUUGAACAUGCAGCAUGGGGGUUUUAUCUUGGGCCUGUUAAACAGGAGGUGGUCACAGUGGGUAGCUAACCAAGGAAGGGUUGUGUUGCAGGGCACAUUGGGCUGUGUAGACAGGCUGGUGAGUACAAGUAUAUACUAGAAUGCAGGGCUUUGAGGGUGACAGACCAAGUGUGUGUGUAUUCCUGUGAGAGUUUGAGACAACACAAAUCUGCAGGUCACCAAGAGUUUGGGAUUGCACCUGGGACCUGGCUCACCACAUUCUCCCGGAACCAACACCCAUUUUAAUUAACCACCUCCCACAGGAGGCCCUGGGCCAGAUACUUGUUAAGGUCUCUCCAUCCACCUGGCUGGGAAAUCCUAGCAGAGGCUGGCUGGCAGGGCUGAUAGGCUAACACUAGGGGGGGUGUGAGGUACAGGAGGCAGAGCUGUCCCAGGCUGUGGGUUUGAAACUCACCAGUCAGGAAGUGAGGCCGACAGACAGACGGAAGGGCGGGCAGGGGCGGGGAGUUCUGGGGCAAAGCAGAAGGGGCCUUCUGGGGUUCGGGGGCUGCAGGGCCAUGGGCUUCAGGGCCAGAGGUUGCUGUUAGCCUGGCAAGACUGGUCUGGGCAACAUGCAUGCCCAGAGGCAGUUGGCUGUAGCCGCAGUGAGAGCAGAAGUCAGACGACAUGAGGUGGCCAAGCAGGCUCUAAGUCGCCUCAGGAAGCUGGCAGAGAGGGUGGACAACACUGAACUUCGGGACAGCAUCCAGGUCUCACUGGACAGCAUACGAGAGGCCGUGGUCAAUAGCCAGGAAUGGACUUUGAGUCGCUCCAUUCCUGAACUGCGCCUGGGUGUGCUGGGUGACGCCAGGAGUGGGAAGUCAUCGCUCAUCCACCGAUUCCUGACGGGCUCAUACGAGGUGCUGGAGAAGACAGAGAGUGAGCAGUACAAGAAAGAGAUGUUGGUUGAUGGACAGACUCAUCUGGUGCUAAUCCGAGAAGAAGCUGGGGCACCUGAUGCCAAGUUCUCAGGCUGGGCAGAUGCGGUGAUCUUCGUCUUCAGCCUGGAGGAUGAGAACAGUUUCCAGGCCGUGAGCCGUCUCCAUGGGCAGCUGAGCUCCCUUCGGGUGGAGGGACGAGGAGGCCUGGCCCUGGCACUGGUGGGGACACAAGACAGGAUCAGUGCUUCCUCCCCUCGGGUGGUGGGCGAUGCUCGUGCCCGGGCUCUGUGCGGGGAAAUGAAACGCUGCAGCUACUAUGAGACUUGUGCAACCUAUGGGCUCAAUGUGGAUCGGGUCUUCCAGGAGGUGGCCCAGAAAGUGGUGACCUUACGCAAACAGCAACAGCUUCUGGCUGCCUGCAAGUCCCUGCCCAGCUCCCCAAGCCACUCAGCUGCUUCCACCCCUGUAGCUGGGCAGGCUAGUAACGGGGGCCACACUAGCGACUACUCUUCUUCCCUCCCAUCCUCACCCAAUGUCGGUCACCGGGAGCUCCGAGCCGAGGCAGGUGCAGUGGUUGGAUUGAGCACCCCAGGGUCUCUACACCGAGCAGCCAAGCGCAGGACGAGCCUUUUUGCGAAUCGUCGGGGUAGUGACUCUGAGAAACGGAGCUUGGACAGUCGGGGAGAGACAACAGGGAGUGGGCGAGCCAUCCCCAUCAAACAAAGCUUCCUAUUAAAGCGAAGUGGCAAUUCCUUGAACAAAGAAUGGAAGAAGAAAUACGUGACCCUGUCUAGUAAUGGCUUCCUACUCUACCACCCCAGCAUUAACGAUUACAUCCACAGUACUCAUGGCAAGGAGAUGGACUUGCUACGAACAACAGUCAAAGUCCCUGGCAAGCGGCCCCCAAGGGCCAUCUCUGCUUUUGGCCCCUCAGCCAGCAUUAAUGGGCUGGUCAAAGACAUGAGCACUGUCCAGAUGGGUGAAGGCCCUGAUGCCACAACUCCCAUGCCAAGCCCAAGCCCCAGCCCCAGUUCCCUGCAGCCACCACCAGACCAGACAUCCAAGCACUUGCUGAAGCCAGACCGGAAUUUGGCCCGAGCCCUCAGCACUGACUGCACCCCAUCUGGAGACCUGAGCCCUCUGAAUCGAGAACCCCCUCCUUCUCCCAUGGUGAAGAAGCAGAGGAGGAAAAAACUGACAACACCAUCCAAGACUGAAGGCUCAGCUGGGCAGGCUGAAGAGGAAAACUUCGAGUUCCUGAUCGUGUCCAGCACUGGUCAGACGUGGCAUUUUGAGGCGGCCAGUUUUGAGGAGCGGGAUGCUUGGGUCCAGGCCAUCGAGAGUCAGAUCCUAGCCAGUUUGCAAUGCUGUGAGAGCAGUAAGGUCAAGCUGCGCACUGACAGCCAAAGCGAAGCCGUGGCCAUCCAGGCGAUCCGGAACGCCAAGGGGAACUCUAUCUGUGUGGACUGCGGGGCCCCCAACCCCACGUGGGCCAGCUUGAACCUGGGCGCACUCAUAUGCAUCGAGUGUUCCGGCAUCCACCGCAACCUGGGCACACACCUGUCCCGCGUUCGCUCUCUCGACUUGGACGACUGGCCGCGGGAGCUGACCCUGGUGCUGACGGCCAUUGGCAACGAUAUGGCCAACCGCGUGUGGGAGAGCGACACGCGGGGUCGCGCCAAGCCCACGCGGGACUCUUCCCGGGAGGAGCGUGAGUCGUGGAUUCGCGCCAAGUACGAGCAGCUGGUGUUCCUGGCGCCGCUGGGCACCACCGAGGAGCCCCUGGGCCGCCAGCUGUGGGCCGCGGUGCAGGCCCAGGAUGUGGCCACCGUUCUCCUGCUUCUGGCCCAUGCGCGACACGGGCCACUGGACACCAGCGUAGAAGACCCGCAGCUCCGCUCCCCACUGCACCUGGCGGCCGAGCUCGCCCAUGUUGUCAUCACGCAACUGCUGCUGUGGUACGGCGCAGACGUGGCGGCCCGAGACGCGCAGGGCCGCACGGCGCUGUUCUACGCCCGCCAGGCUGGAAGCCAGCUGUGCGCCGACAUCCUUCUCCAGCACGGCUGCCCGGGCGAGGGCGGCAGCGCAGCCACCACGCCCAGCGCGGCCACCACGCCCAGCAUUACCGCCACGCCCAGCCCCCGCCGCCGGAGCAGCGCCGCCAGCGUGGGCCGCGCCGACGCCCCGGUUGCGCUGGUAUAGUUGCCCACCGGGACAGACACCCCCACCCCCUCGCGGGCCGGGCACGCCACACCGGGCGGACCGCUGGACAGAUGUACCCACCCACCUCUCCAAUCCGCACCCUGCCCCACGGGAGCACUUCCUACCCCCACGAAGACACAGCCCCCACGCCUCCCAGAAGACACAAACUCACCUCCCUCUCCCCAACGAGGCACGGAGACCCCAGCUCAACACGCCCCCUGUCCACUGUUCCACACUCGGAUUGCUCUGGGUCUGCCCGCUAGGUGUUUGCGGAACGGGACCCCCGCCGCGGUUCGGGCUCCUGGGCGCUUGGACCGUGCCCGCUUGCACCCCCUAGGGGCGGGAAAAAGACCCAGUCUUGCCUGUGCUCAACUAUCCCUAGGCGGGAGCCCAUACCCAGGCUGGCUCCUGGGGCGACGCCACGCCAGAGGGAGGGGUUAGUAUGUAGGUAGGGCUAGCCCUGGGACUCGGGGCCAAUUCGGGGACCCCCCCUUCCAUGCUGAUCUCACUGCCCAAUAAAGGGGGGAAGGGCAGCGAGGGGCAGGACCCCUGCUGCUUACGGGGGUAGGGGGUCCCCAACCCUUUCCGUGAAAGGGACCAUGAGGAGUGGAAAUUAGGACGUUCCCCUAACACCUACCCAUGGAUGGAAGCUAAAGGGCUGGGGGGGAGCAAGAGCCUGGGUCCCUCCUCACUACUAUCUCGGGAGGGAGAAGGGAUGGAGCUGGAGUGGGCUAAGGGGGCUGGGGGAGUCUUGUAAUUUAUUGCUUUGUUCCCCAACAUGGGGGCAGGGGCGGGCAGGGGCGUGGGGAGGGCGUUUUGGGGUAAGGGAAGCCAAGGGUGGGCAGGGGGUGGGGUGGGGUGGGGGUGCUCUCGGGUUGUGAGUGUCUGUGACCGUGACUGCGUACCUGUGACUGUGCAGCGCCCGUGGUGAUCUGGGGUAGGGGGCACCCCUACAAUGGGACCCCUCCCCCAUUGUUCUCCUGUCCAGCCCCUCCCUCCCACCGGAGCAGCUCCAGACCCAUCCCUCACCCUCCUGGUCCCUCCCAGCCAGGGCUGAGAGGAUGUGAGGUGACUGGGAGGGUUUCCAGGCUCCCUUCCCCAUCCCCAGAAGGGGGGUGGUGGGGUGGACUUACCUGGCCCAGCCCUGCCUCCCUCAAUCAACCCAGCUCUUGGGCUGUCUGUGUCAGUGGUUUCCGGUCUUUUUUUUUUUUUUUUCUGGCUAAAAUAUUUUGCAAAGGACCAGGUAAUUGGGGAGGGGAGUGGGAUGGGGGCAGGGGGGAAUGCCCCCCUCAUCUCCUCGGAGGCAGGUGGUGUGAAUCUUUAACAGCAAUUAAAGAGGAAGUGAUUUUGUCUA